AUGCCCGAACAACGACUAUCCAUGAGCCCUUGCAUCAGCAACAGUAACAGCAGCGACAGCUUGCCCUCUCUUCCUCAGGGGUAUCCGCGUCCCAACAACAGCUUGGUCAGCCUCCUGAUGGCGGGAUACUGCCAAGGCUCUCCCUCCCAAAGAGUGGAGCCUACCAGAGUUCAGCCUUUGCAACCAGCAGAUGUCUUGGCGAUUGUGGAGGAUGUACUCCGAGAGCUCGACGACGAUGUCUUCGAAGGCUGA